AUGAAGCCUUCGUUUUCCCCGCUACAGAAAUUUGCUUCUGCAUUCUCAGGUACCCCGUUACGAACCGCACCGCGGAGGCUGAACGUGGAUUCGAUAUGCGCGCGCUGCUGGAGAAAGCAACAGGUCCGCUUUGCCCAUCAACCAGCCGACGACCCGAGCUGGAUGUCUGUCGUGGAUAAUCCCUCAAAGCUCGUAAAAACUGGGAAGAGGCAUGGCCCAGGAUUGAUCAUUCUAGCUAUCAUACCCAUUACCGCGUUUGCCCUCGGAACAUGGCAAGUCCAGCGCUUGGACUGGAAAACCAAGCUCAUCGCUAAAUAUGAAGACCGUCUCGUUAAAUCGCCCCUACCACUUCCGCCUGUCGUCGAUCCAAACGCUAUCUCUGACUUUGACUAUCGCCGUGUAUAUGCCACGGGUCGUCUCAGACAUGACCAAGAAAUGCUCAUCGGGCCACGUUUGUAUGAGGGCAAGGAUGGAUACCUAGUCAUCACACCACUUGAGCGAGGUGAUGUCGGGAGCACAGUGCUCGUUAAUCGGGGAUGGGUCGCAAAGGAUCGCAAAGACCAAAGAGAUAGGAAGGAGGGUUUACCUGAGGGAGAAGUUACGGUGGAAGGAUUACUGCGCGCCCCGUGGAAAAAAAAUAUGUUCACACCGGAAAAUAAACCGGAAGUGGGAAAGUUCUAUUUUCCGGAUGUAGCGCAGAUGGCAGAGCUUACUGGUAGCCAACCAAUCUGGAUUGAAGAAACAAUGCAUCCUGAGCUCCUCACGAUUUAUCAUAGAGAAGCAAAGGGCAUUCCUAUCGGGCGUGCACCUGAGGUACGGUCUGUCAUUGGCCACUGCGAUAAUGUUCUGGAUGGUUGUUAG